GAAGCGACCAUCGAGCCGACAUCACGUACUUUCGCGCAGUGUAUUAUGAGCAUAAGCGUAUUUUAGGUGGCUCCCGCGAUACCGGUUUUCAAGCUGCGUACGGGUGGCAAGCAAAUACACAUUUGAAUAUCAUAUGUCCGAAAUGUAAUUGAGGAUAAAGAAUUCCAUCGUUAACGGCGUGUGACAUUUAUCACGUUGGAUACCUAGCAGAAAUAUUUUGAGCAAUUAUUGCAAUUUAUAAUCUUUAGAAUAAACGAAAAAUGGCCGCGAGAAACCUCACUCCCCAGCAGGGAUUGGGCUUCUUUGGACUCCUAAUCCUGCUCUGUUCGGCGGUUUUGGGCAAGUCGCAAAUGUGCGAAGUGGAGACCGGUCAAACGAAUAUUAUUCUGGAUAUCGAGGAAAGCCGUGAGUCUUUCAUUGGACAGCCAACCACACCGCCAGAGCUUCCAAUUUUCGGCGAUCCGGAGACGGAAAUCGCAUUGAAUUUGGUCUUUCCGAAAGGCCAGCCGAUUUUUCAGCUAAACGGCAAGAAACUACAACUACUGCAGCCUCUGGACCGAGAUGAGGAGAAUCUCAGUCACAUUGUCUUCCAGGUCUCCUGCACCAUUAGGUCCACGAACAAGAAGCGCACCAUUCCCAUUAUUGUUCGGGUGUCGGACAUAAAUGACAAUGCGCCGCGUUUCAUGAACACGCCCUAUGAGGUUACCGUUCCCGAGAGCACACCGGUGGGAACCACUAUUUUUCGAAACAUUCAGGCCCUCGAUAAGGAUGCAGGUGUGAACGGGCUGGUUGAGUACUUUAUAGCCGAGGGAAGUGCCAAUUCUACAGAUAUUGAGAAGUAUAGUGCCGAUGGCUAUGGCACCUUUGCCAUAUCGUUUCCCCACCAGGGUCAGGUUACGGUAGCCAAGACUUUGGACUUUGAGAAGAUACAAACCUAUUAUCUCACUAUUGUGGCUUCGGAUCGGGCGCGCAAUACCGCAGAUCGUCUGUCGUCGACCACAACCUUGACGGUGAAUAUAGCCGAUUCGAAUGAUUUGGAUCCAUCGUUCAUAUACAGCGGAUGUGCCUCCCUGGAUGGGGCCUGCAUAAAUCCGGAGUACUCCGCCUCCGUGCCAGCGGGAUCAUUGCUGGGAGUUCUAACAGUUCUACCCGAGAGGAUUCAAGCUGUAGAUCUAGACACCAUUAACUCCCCGAUCCGCUAUAGUUUUGCCAGUGGAAUGCCUGGCAACUACGCUGACUACUUCCAGAUCGAUGAGCAUACGGGCGUGCUAAAGCAAACCAAGGCAAUUGACACUUCGACUGCGAAGAAGUAUGACAUAAUCGUGAAGGCAGAGGAGGUGGCGCCGGGACCGCAGCGAUUCACAACGGCCAAGUUGGCCAUUGCCGUUAAGCCAGUGGACGCCAAUCCGCCCGUGAUCUCGUCCUCCCAAACCGAGGGCUACGUGGACGAGAACUCGCCCAUCGGAACUAGGGUGUUGGACUCACAUGGCAACCCCAUAUCGUUCCGAACCACAGAUGCCGACCUGAGUGACUCCGAUCCGAAGCCAGACUAUAUCUACGAGCUGACCACGCCGUCGUUCAAUGUGACCAGCGAUGGCAUACUGAUUGUCAACGAGGACAACCUCGAUCGCGACCCGCCAGCUCCAGGUCGUUUCAAGUUUCAGGUGGUGGCCCGGGAACCGCGAACCAAUGCGGCCAGUGCCCCGCUCAGUCUUACGGUCCACCUGCGCGACGUGAACGACAACGCGCCCAAGCUGGCCAUGGUGCCGCCCAUCUCCAUCACUGCCGGCGAUCAGAGCGAGAGUCGCCUGGUCACCCAGGUCGUGGCCAGCGACAACGACGAGGGCCCCAAUGCCGUGGUCACCUACUCCAUCUACCACGUCUCGAACAACGGCCUGGCCAAGUUCACCAUCAACGAGACGACGGGUGAGAUCCGGACCCAAGGACGUCUGCUUGCGGGCGAGCAAUAUAGCAUUACGGUGCAGGCCAUCGACAUCGGGGCACUGUCCUCCCAGGCCAUUGUCGAGGUGAGUGUGACGCCGGGUCCGAACACAAAGCCCCCUCGCUUCCAGAAACCCAUCUACGAGGUGCAGGUGAGCGAGGGUGCGGAGAUCAACUCCACGGUCACGGUCGUUCAUGCCGAGGAUCCGGAGAACGAUGCAGUGGUCUACUCCAUCAUGUCGGGCAACGAUCUGCGGCAAUUCGCGGUGGGUCAGGAGAGCGGCGUCAUCAUAGUCAUCCGGAAGCUGGACCGGGAGAGUCUGACCCGCUACCAAUUGAUCCUGAAGGCGGAGGACACCGGUGGCCUCUCGAGCAGUGCCACCGUGAACAUCAAGGUGACGGACAUCAACGACAAGAACCCGGAGUUCGAUGCCUCCACCCUGCCGUAUGUCUUCCAAGUGGACGAGGGCAAGGCCCAGGCUUCCGUGGGAGUGGUGCACGCCACCGACGCCGAUGAGGGCAUCAAUGCCGAGAUCACCUACUCCAUACCCACGGACAUACCCUUCACCAUCAAUGCCACUUCCGGGGAGAUCCUGACCGCCAAGCAACUGGACUACGAGCAGCUGAACGAGUACAAGUUUGUGGUCACCGCCAAGGAUGGAGCUCCCGACGCCCGACUGGGCACGGCCAGUGUCACGGUGAUGGUGCUCGACCUGCCGGACGAGGUGCCCAAGUUCAGCGAUGCCCGCAUCGACGUGCACAUUCCGGAGAACGAGGAGAACUUCCUGGUGGCCACGGUGCAAGCCUUUGAUCCGGACUCUGUUCCGGAAAUAACCUACGUUCUGCGCCAGGGCAAUGCUGAGCUCUUCCGGGUCUCAGACAAAACCGGAGAGGUGAGGACCAUCAAGGGAUUGGACUUCGAGAGCCAGAAGCAGCACCAGCUGACCAUUGGAACCAUUGAGAACGAUGGCGAUGGGCCAGGAGAUACCAUUCAGCUGGUCGUGGAUGUGGAGGAUCGCAACGAUCUGCCACCGAGAUUCAUAACCGUUCCCGAUCCCGUGACCGUGAACGAUGACCAGGGCAUAGGCACCAUCAUAGCCACCCUGCCGGCCAUCGACGAGGAUGGCACUUCGCCCGGCAAUGUGGUUCGCUACGAGAUCGUGGGUCGUGGCAAGGCGCCCAAGUACUUCCAAGUGGACCCGGACACGGGUGCGGUUCGCAUCAGAGACGAGCUGCGCAAGGAGGAGGACACGGAGUACCAGGUGGACAUCAGGGCCUACGACCUGGGUGAGCCGCAGCUCAGUUCGGUGGCUCCGCUGCGAGUCGAUGUGCACCACCUUCUGGCCAAUGGCAACAAUGAAAUCAAAUCGGACAGCGGCAAGUUGGAAAGCGGCAUGGUGAUGAGCAGUGAAAGCAUUGGGCUGGCCUUCAGCGACGACAGCUACACCACCAGUGUGCCGGAGUCCAUGGAAACGAACAGCACCCUCAAGCUCAUUCAGAUAGUGAACUCAAAGGUAUCGGCCGAUGGACCACCGGCCUUCAGGUGUGAUAUUGUGCGCGGCAAUGACGGGGGUACCUUCAACCUGAGUUCCGCUGACCAUGGCUGCAACCUAUUGCUCAUGCAACCGCUGGACUUUGAGAACAGGACCUCGUACACGAUCCAGCUGCGCCUCACAUCCCAUCGGUAUUUCGUCAACCCGCUGAAGGACACCGCCACCGUGGAUAUAAUAGUCCAGGAUGAGAACGACAAUGCGCCGGAGUUUGAGUUCAACAGGCUGCGCGGUCAGCAGGACACAUUCUACACCGUGGUAACCGAGGAAAUGGAUGUGGACACCACCAUUUUGCAGGUGCGUGCCACAGAUCGGGAUUCGGGUAAAUUCGGCACCGUUCGCUACGCUCUCUACGACGAUGAUGAAAACCGGGUUAAUAUGCCCACCAGCUUUUUCAUGAUGUCGGAGGAUAGUGGAGUGUUGCGCACCGCAAGGCAUUUUAAGAGUGAAAACGAUUUUCCGCUGACCUUUUUGGUGGAGGCUCGCGAUAGUGAUGCCCAGGAGCAGGGAUCUCAUCGCACCAGAGCCCGCAUAGUCGUGAACAAGCUGGCGGAUAUUAAUCGAAUGGCAUUGUCCUUCCCGAACGCGGCACCCGGAGAUCUGCGCAACUACUACACCGAACUGGAGGAGCUGCUGGACAAGAAGACGGGACUAGUCAGCGGCAUCGAGCGCAUGAGCAGCCAAAAGUACCUGGCCAAGAAUGGAUCAGUGAUCGAGAACCCAGCCGCCACGGACAUAUGGUUCUAUCUGAUCGAUCCGAAGACGGAACAGUUGGUGAGCCGUAAGGAUAGCAUUGUGGCGACCACUCUACUGGAACCAGCUGCGCGAUCCGAACUGAACAUUGCCCUGCCCAGGGCCACAGCCGAUAAUAUAUCAUUUCCGCUUGAGCGAAAUGAGCAGGUUCACAAGGUUAAGGCCGCUGUGGCCCUCGAUAAUGAAGUCUUCCCCUUCACUCUUAUUGCCAUAUCACUUGUUAUACUCAUACUGGGCACAAUCGGCAUCAUUUACAUAUGCAUUUCAUGGUCAAAAUACAAAAACUUUAAGCAACGCAUGCGCCAGUAUUCGUCCACGAAUCCAAGCCGUUACGAUCCGGUGAUCGUUAACCAGCAGGCCUCCAAUGCCAGUGAAACCAUAGCCAACAUGAAGGAGUACGAAACGCAGAUGCUGGCGAUGGCAGUGCCACCGGAUGUGGAUGACGAUCUGCAGCUGGACUUUAGCGCCAAAAACCAUGCCUUCUCGCUGGACAACGUUAGCUACAUAACGCACAAGGAGAACACCAAUGGGGGCGGUGGUCAGUCCAGUCCAUCCCACUCGGACGCCACGACGGCCACCAUUGCCACGCUGCGUCGGCACAAGAACCUCAACAAUGCCAACAUGAACAACAAUCUGGCCAUAAACAACAGGCAGAAUACCUUCAAUCGCACCCUGGAAAUGAACACUCGCAACAAUGCCAACCCACUGGGAUCCCCGCCGAACGGAGGUGCCCAUUCGGGGACCUUGACGCUGGGUCGCAUCAAGCACCAGAACAGUAACCAUUACCAGAACGGCGCCUACAAUAUAGAUCCCACUGGGCCCAACAACAUGGCAAAUGCCAAGAAUAAUGCCUACAGUACGAUGGGCAGGCGGGGAAACACAUUCAGCGACGUGGGAUUGCUCAAUGGCAACGGUGAGCUGAUGAAUGCCACCCUGGGUCGAAAUGGCCAGCUCAACAACCGACUUUAUGGGGCGGAAGUGCCCAUCACAAAUCCGCUGUUUCAAAGGUCCAGUUCUGAUCACAACCACUUGAGCAGCACAAAUGAGAACGUUUCCUUUGGCAAAAGGGACUAUGGCCAAAUAGGCUUCUCCUAUCUGAACGAUUUGGAUCGCUCGGAGGUUGAGACUACCACGGAGCUGUAGGCAAACGAUUAAGAUAACUGGUUCCAACACUUAACAAACUUUGUUAAUAUAUUUAGCUGCCAAUUUUUAACUUUAAUAGCGCAUUUUAACAACGAGAGCGGUUGCCAUCAAUCCAUAAUCAUAGCAUAUGCAAUCUGUAAAUAUUCGAGUAGAGAUACUGAUUGGAGGAACUGAAUACUGAUAUAUUUAACUGUGCUUUAAGAUCAAAUAAUUACAGUCAUUACUUUUAAGCAAACAGAGUGCAUACUUUAUAUCUUUAAGGUAACUGCAAAAGCUAUGCAUUUUUAUAAAGAAAUU